CUUACGUUUCAGGGCCACACGCAAUCUGAGUGCCAUUUCCUCUCUUUGUCUCUCUCUCUCUCUGUGUUCUCUAAGAAAGGGAAGCUCUUUGGGUCAUUUUGCAAAGAUCCAAUUUUUACGAUCAAAACCGACGCGAUUGAAUUUUCGACGCACAGCUCUGCAGAGAGAUAUGUCGUGUUCAUCUUCCUCCGGAUCGGAAGGAGAAGAAGAGGGUUUCGAUGCUUACCGUAAAGGUGGAUAUCACGCCGUCAGGAUCGGCGAUCCUUUUUCCGGUGGUCGUUACAUCGCCCAGAGAAAGCUUGGUUGGGGUCAAUUCUCCACCGUUUGGCUUGCCUACGAUACUCGCACCUCUAACUAUGUUGCUCUGAAGAUUCAGAAGAGCGCACAACAAUUUGCUCAAGCUGCACUUCACGAAAUCGAGUUCCUUUCAGUUGCUGCUGAUGGAGAUGUCGAAAAUACCAAAUGCGUUGUUCGUCUUAUCGAUCACUUCAAGCAUACUGGUCCGAACGGGCAGCAUUUAUGCAUGGUACUCGAGUUUCUUGGAGAUAGCUUGCUCCGUUUAAUCAGAUACAACCAUUACAAAGGUCUGAAACUGGAUAAAGUCCGGGAGAUUUGCAGAUGUAUACUGACUGGUUUAGAUUAUUUGCACCGUGAGCUCGGUAUGAUUCACUCUGACUUGAAACCUGAGAACAUUCUUCUUUGCUCCACCAUUGACCCUGCCAAAGAUCCCGUUAGAUCCGGACUAACACCGUUAUUAGAAAAGCCCGAGGGAAACGCAAACGGUGGAGGAUCCACCAUGAAUCUGAUUGAGAAGAAGUUAAAGAGGAGAGCGAAAAGAGCGGUUGCUAAAAUAUCAGAAAGAAGAGUGUCGAUGGUGGGUACUACAGGUGAAGAAGCAUCAUCGAAGACGGAAAGAAGUCUUGAUGGGAUUGAUAUGAGAUGCAAAGUGGUUGACUUUGGUAACGCUUGUUGGGCUGAUAAACAGUUUGCGGAAGAGAUACAAACGAGACAGUAUCGAGCUCCUGAAGUAAUACUAAAGUCAGGAUACUCUUUCUCUGUUGAUAUGUGGUCUUUUGGUUGUACUGCUUUCGAGCUUGUCACAGGAGAUAUGCUGUUUGCUCCCAAAGAGGGAAAUGGUUAUGGAGAAGACGAGGACCACCUUGCGCUUAUGAUGGAACUCCUAGGAAAAAUGCCUCGAAAGAUUGCGAUUGGAGGAGCGAGAUCGAAAGACUAUUUUGACAGGCACGGGGAUUUAAAAAGAAUCCGGAGGUUGAAAUAUUGGCCACUUGAUCGCUUACUGAUUGAUAAAUACAAGCUUCCGGAUGCAGAAGCAAAGGAGUUUGCCGAGUUUCUGAGCCCGAUCCUGGAGUUUGCGCCUGAGAAACGACCAACUGCUCAACAGUGCUUGGCACAUCCAUGGAUGAAUGUAAGUACACACAACAAUGCAGAUAAUGUAGAAUCCCAAAUGAGAAACUUGCAGAUCAAAGGGUGAAAGAAACUCAAUUUCCAUUUCUUAUUUUUUGUUCCAAUACCUUUGCUCGUGUUUUCUUUUUGAACAGCUUUGAUAUUUUCUUAAGCUUUUUCUAUAUUGUUUAAUUGGUCUUUGUUUUUUUUGGGGGAGCUAUGAUUAUUUGGUUAAACAUCGAUUUCAUUUGUUGGUUAUAAAGAAUUGCGCUGUAGUGAAU